AUGCCAGAAUCAUGUAACAGGCUGAUGACGAACAUAGGAGCCAUGUUUAUUAUCCAGAAUUCAUGCUAUUGCCAGAAUUCUUCAAGAACACAAGUUCAAUUUACAAACAAUGCAGAGCGUUUUGUAUCCCCCUGGAUGUAUGGAUUCAGCUGUAACUUCGAUGGUGGCCGCUUCCCGGGACACGUUUCCCAUUCCCUGUGUAACGUCCAAGCCCCAUCUAGCGGCAGCUGGCGAGCAUACGACUUUAAGAGGAGAUAUUUGAUCGCCCUAAAAAAAAACACGCGUGGCGGCCCCGCGCCUUUAAGCAGGUGCCGUAAUCGGGCUCGGGGUUCAGAGGGUCCCGGGACGGGGAAGGACGGGUAUGGUCACCGCGGAGGGUUGGCGGGGAAGGCGGGCCCAGGGCGGUGGGCAGUGGCUCUCGCACUGACGGCCCUCGGGGCCCGGAGCAUGUUCUUGCGGAGGAACCCUUGGGCACCGGGGGGCUGCGGUCAGGUAUCGGCCUCCACGAACGGCCGUCCUCGAUUCUUCACAGGUGGGGGCUACCGGCUGCUGGGCUCGGCCGCGCUCCCCUUCCCGUCGGCCGGGCCUGGACCCGGGCCCGGACUCAGGCUCACGGUCACCUGGCCACGUCCUGGGUCCGGCCGAAGGCCGUGGUGCUGCGCCUUCCUCCGGCAGCAGGUGGGCCAUGAGGCCGGGCCCGCCCGCCGCUACGGAGCCGGGAAACCCACUCCCAAGAGACAAGCCGCUGAGCCUUGCUCGUACCCGGGGCCCGCAGAGGAAAGAGAAGAGCGAACGGCGGCCCCCGCCGCCGGUUCUCCGGAGCUGUAUGAAAAUCCAUGGACAAUUCCAAACUUACUCUGUAUGGCAAGGAUUGGCUUGUCACCAUAUUUGGGCUACCUAAUUGUAGAAGAAGAAUUCAAUCUAGCCCUUGGUCUUUUUAUGUUGGCGGGCAUUACUGACCUGUUGGAUGGCUAUAUUGCACGAAACUGGGCUAAUCAGAAAUCGGCUUUGGGAAGUGCCUUGGACCCAUUGGCAGAUAAAAUUCUGAUCAGUGUUCUGUACAUCAGUCUCACUUGUGCAGAGCUCAUUCCAGCUCCUCUUACUGUUAUGGUCCUUUUGCGAGAUGUCAUUUUGGUUGCAGCUGGUUUCUAUAUUAGAUACCGAACGGUUCCAACACCAAGGACACUGAGCAAAUAUUUCAACCCAUGUUAUGCUACUGCCCAAUUAAAACCAACCUUUAUCAGCAAGGUUAACACAGCGGUUCAACUUGUACUAGUGGCUGCAUCACUAGCAGCCCCAGUUUUUCAGUUUGUGGACAGCGUGUUCCUUCAUACUUUAUGGUACGUCACAUCCUUGACAACGAUGGCGUCCGCAUACAGUUAUUACCUUCACGGCAAAAAUACUGUGCAAGUUUUGAAUCGGGUGAAGUAAAUAGUACUUCAUAGCUGGCCAGUGACGUCUGGAAUCAGCACAACAAGCAAUGCAGGAACAGGAUCUUGAUUUUUAUGCUAAAGAGACAUUGAUUAAAAUAAUGUAGAUAUAUAUGGAAUUUUUUUCCUACAGAAGAUACAAAUUUAAUAAUAAAAAAUUAAAGAUAUGGAUUUCUUCCAAA